AUAGCCCCUGACAGCAAAAGACGUUUCUGAAGCUGGAGAACAGAAUUAUAGAGGGUGGGGAGAGGUCAGUCUGACCACGAGGUGAGGAUGAUCUAAAACCCUCGUUGAAAAGCAGCGAGUCACGGAGCCCCGGGCACGAAAGGCGGGUUAGCGCCCAAGAGCCGCCCCUUUCGGCGGGCCGUGCCGCCGGGAGCCGCUCGGGCCGGGCUUGCCACGGCGAGGUUUUAACCCAAACCCUCUCGCCCCGCCCCCGGGCCCCGCCGCCGGACUCACUGCGCCAGCUGCUCCUGGGCCACGGCGCGGCGGCUCAGGUAGCGGCCACGCUCCACCUCUGCCUCCUGCCGAACGGCGUCCGGCCCAUCGCGGUCCAUCGCCGGCCUUUGUCGCCGCCUCGUGCAGACGGAACGUCUGUCGAAGGAGAAGCAGGGAUCUUCACCAACGGCUCUGUUUCCGGGAAAUGGGGUCUCCCUCUCCCGGCCCGCUCAAAGGCGGUGGCCACGGAAGCGUUCCGGCGCCGAGGCGGGAAUGGCACCCGAGGGGGCGGCGGGCGCUGCGUCGCGUUGGAUGGAGCGGCACCGCGCCCCGCCCCGGGGAGCUGCGGGCGGGCAGCGGCCGGUCCGUCACACACGGAGGGAGGGGAGGGGCGGGGAGGAAGCCGUCCCCCAGCCAUCCCCCAGCCAUCUCUCAGCCGUCCCCCAGCCGCGGAGGCCGGACCCUUCUCCGAAGCCGGUUCCGAACAUCUCGUUUCUCUGCGGAGCGUCCGUACCCGAUCUGCCAGAUGCUCACGCUCCUUUAUUCUGAAUCAGACAAAGGUGAAUAAAUUGUCUAGGAACUGCAUGAAGUAAUGAACUGUACAGCCAUAGGUACCUUGCAGUGAAAAAUGUGAUACUCUUGAGUUGAAGGUGAAGACAGCCUCAGCAGAAGUAAAGGCGCACUGAUGCGCCCUGCAGGCAGGAGUCUGCCAGCCCCUCGUUCUUCCCCAGCCGCUGCCCCUGGAGGUUACUGGACCUGCGCUGCAUUCAGCUAUGAAAUUUCUGUUGGUUUUUGAUUUUGACCAUACAAUCAUAGAUGAAAAUAGUGACACCUGGAUUGUGAAAUGUGCUCCUGAAAGAAAACUUCCUAAUGGAUUAAGAAACUCUUACCAGCCGGGACAUUGGACAGAAUAUAUGGGCAGAGUCUUUGUCUACUUGGGAGACAAUGGUGUCAAAGAAGAUGAGAUGAAAAGAACUAUGACAACAAUUCCUUUCACUGCGGGAAUGAUAGAUCUUCUGGGAUUUAUUGGCGAGAACAAGGAGUUGUUUGAUUGUAUAAUUGUUUCAGAUUCUAAUACAGUAUUUAUUGACUGGAUUUUGAAAGCUGCUGAUUUCCAUAAAGUGUUUGAUGAAGUGUUUACAAACCCUGCAUCAUUCAGUAGUACUGGCUAUCUUACUGUACAGCACUUCCAUGCUCACCAUUGUGCAAAGUGCCCUAAAAACCUUUGCAAAAGGAAAGUUUUAAAAGAAUUUCUAGAUAAACAGUUGGAGAGAGGAGUGAGUUAUACACAAAUUAUAUAUAUAGGUGAUGGUGGGAAUGACUUAUGUCCAGUAAUGUUUUUGAAGAAGAAUGAUAUUGCUAUGCCCAGGCAGGGGUAUACCUUGGAGAAAAGGAUUUCUCAACUGGCCCAAAGUCUCAGUCCUGUACAGUGUUCUGUUCUGGUUUGGUCAUCUGCAAUUGACAUUAUGUCUUACUUGAAAUUACUUAUAAAGGAAUGAUUCAAAUGAUAAAAGGAAACUGAUGCAGUUACAUCAGUUUUAACUUAUUGGGAGAGAAAAACUACAUGUGUAUAAAAGCUCAAAAUUUUAUAAUUGAACUAUUAUCUGAAAUUAUGGGGUUUUUAACCACAGCAUAAAACUGUUUAUGUUCAGUCCUGGUGAUAAUGGGAAAGUGCAGUAAAAAAGGCCUUCUAACACAGUACAGAUUCCAAUAUAAGUGGAGAAGGGGUGCUGGGACAAGACUUGUCAUUAGUUUUUGGCUAUUCCCUCCCCUCCAAUUCUUUACAAGUGUAUAGCUGAUAUAUACUUGCAAUCCCACACACUUAGGGGAAGGAGUAGGAUUCCUGUUCAAAAGAAUGAAAUUCUUUAUUAGAAAAUACUAGAUGCCAGGAGCAUGGUUCUAGAGCUGUUGGCUUUUAUACUUCUCUGAUCCCAUGGCAAAUUAUUUGCUUGUAAUCUUGUUUAAUCCAAAGAUGCAUUUAUAUUUUCAAUGGAUUAUUUUACCAAACAAAAUUACUUUUUAAUACUUUGUAUUAUCUUGUAUUGUAAAGACAAUAAAAGUUGCUGUCACUGACAAACGCAACACAACUAA